UGUCGCGCUGUGACGCAAACGGCUGCAACGCUAACAACAACAAAGGAUGGAGAAUAAAUGAAGUUUGAAACUUGCUUCGAGCUUCGUGUUCACUCAUGACCGCGGUGUGUUUUUUUUACACUUCGCUGCCUCGUUGAUUUACCAGCAGCGUUACAAGAGCAGUUAAAGCGGAAAUGAACGAUCCUCUUUAACCGUGAAGGCGGCCAGGCUGCUUUCUACAUAUCAAAAUGAUCCGCAUAGCAGCACUGAACGCUGCUUCGACAGCUGCAGAUGAGUCUCAAGAUCCGCUGCGAAGUAGCAAAAGUCAGACCAAAGAGGCUCAGGAAGCCGAGGCAUUUGCUUUGUAUCACAAAGCGUUAGAUCUGCAGAAACAUGACAAGUUUGAGGAGUCUGCCAAAGCUUAUCAUGAGCUUCUCAGAACUCCUCUGCUCAAAGAGGCAAUGCCCUCAGACGACCAGAGAGUGGGUCUCAAGCAUCCCGGACUGAUGUUGAAAUAUUCUACUUUUAAAAACUUGGCGAGUAUGUCUGCAACGCGAGAUGACCUGGAGACUGCCAUGGAGUUUUAUUUGGAGGCAGUUAUUUUGGACUCCACUGACGUAAACAUGUGGUACAAAAUUGGUCAGGUGGCUGUGCGACUCAUGCGCAUUCCUCUGGCUCGACAUGCCUUUGAGGAGGGAUUGAACUGUAACCCAGACCACUGGCCCUGCCUGGACAACCUCAUCACUAUUCUCUACACACUUAGUGACUACACUUGCUGUUUGUACUUUAUUGCCAAAGCCCUGGAGAGGGAUCACUGUUACACUAAAGGCCUCGUGCUGAAGGAGAAGAUCUUUGAGGAGCAGCCCUGUCUGAAGAGGGACACCAUGCAGAUGUUCUUGAAAUGUGAUAUGUCCAUCCACUAUGUGGAAGUGGAGAAAGAGGAACGAGACUCCAUCGUGGAAGAGGCGCUGGACAUGCGGAAGCGCAGGCAGGCGCUUUCACGCCGUGAACAAACACCGGAUCUUGUCCUGAUUCAGCCCAUCCGCUGCCUCUCAUGGAAGCACGUUGGUGAAUGCUUUCUUGCAAUGUACCGACAUCAGACCACAUGUGAGCCCCCGCGGCCAAGUCUUGGGCGCAGAAUCGACUUGUCAGAGUACCGUGACCAAAACUUCCUCCAGAACCUCCCCCAGCCCAGCAGCCCUGUGAGUAUGGGCCAGACCACAGUGCUGAGCAGCAGCCCCAGCUCAUCCCUGCCACCCGUGGUCCUCCCUGAGCCAGCAGUUCUGCCCCAACCCAGCAUUCAACCUCAGAUUACCCCCAGCCAUACCACCGUGGAGGUCACCACCUCUGCUCCCCCUGCUGUUACAGCAAUGGAAGUGUCUCUGACUGAUAAAGUUAAGAAAGCUCCAAAGAGGAAACGUGUGGUGGAAGAUAGCGGAGAGACGGCCAAGCGACGCUCGGCACGUGUUCGAAACACAAAAUGCAAGAAGGAAGAGAAGAUAGAUUUCCAGGAGCUGCUUUUUAAAUACCUUCCUUCUCGGUUAAAGAAAUUUGAUCCUGAUAAUGAUGAUGAGAGUCUGAGUAAUAUGGAGACACAGUGCGAUGGGAAAGAGGACAUGCAGACUCUACAUGGCAGCUGCUUGCCGGUUGACUCAGUUGAAUACAUGGAAUCUGAGCAACAGGAUGUCCACAACUUCCUGCUAAACAAUAUGACCAAUGGAGGGAUACUGGACCUGCUGAUGCGCUAUCUGAAGGCAGUGGGUCAGAAGUUCCUGGAGGAGUGGCCUCGGGGGCUGGCUGCCGUGGUGCUGGAGGUCUAUCAGACCUGGAGGAAGCACAGCAGUGGUCUUCCUAAUCCUCUGCUUCGGGACUGCAGCAACCAACACAUCCGGGACAUGUUGGCAAUGAGCCUGGCGUGUAUGGAGUUGCAGUUGGAGCAAUGGUCACAUAACAAAGGGAAGACGGGGCCUCUAAGAAGGAGCAGCAUCGGUCCUGGCAGUGAUGCAGCUGACUCAGAGUCUCCUGAGCAGCACUUCCAGGGUGAUUUGUUGCUACUGGCCUUAGGUUCCUCUCAGAAGGACCUUUUCGAGGAUGGUUGGCUGGAUGUCAUGGUGCGGGUCUACUGGCUCAAAGCACGAUUUCUGGCACUGCAGGGAGACAUGGAGUUGGCCCUGGAGAGCUAUGAUGUCUGUAUCGGCCUACUGCAGAGCAAACCAAAGACCUCAGAAGGGAAACAUUACACCAUCAACCUGCCAAAUCUGCGUGUAGAUGCAGCAAUCUCUGUGGAGGAGAUUGACAAGAGGCUGAAGUCUCUGGAGCGUUGUCAGUCUCUGGAGGAGAUCCAGCGUCUCUUUGAGUCUGCAGACUUUGAGUCUGUUGUGCGUCUGCUGCAGCCCACUCUUAAUUACGGUGGCAGGAGUAAACCUCUUGAGUUUGUGAGCUCAGCACCAGAGCGGCCGGCUCAGCUCAUGCUUCUGCAGAACUCGCUGUUGAAGAGGGAGGACUACCAGCAGUGUUUGGAGUGCAGCGAGCUGGCGCUGAAUGAAGCCUUGCAGCAGCUCAACUCUGCUUCAAACAACAACUCUCCCCCGAGUAAGGAGGAGUGGGUCAGCACCAUUGGAAAGUUGCUGGAAGGCACCGAGGUCUGCUUCACCAAAGAGUCUAAGCUUCUCAGCAAAGUCCCCCAGUUCUCUAGCAUGGCUCGACUGGCAAACAACCUCAUUCAGCUGAUUGAUCUGAGCAUGAGCGUUUCCGACGAUCCCAAGGAGCCUUAUUUCUUCUCGGUUCUGCCUUGGAUCAUCCUGUAUCGUGUUAUCAAACACGAGGAGGCUGCUUUCGACUGCAUGCUCCGACAGCAUAUGUCUGUCGGGGAUGAUGAAGAUGACUCAGACACUCCCAUGCUGCCCUCCUCGCUGAUGCUCCUGAACACAGCGCAUGAGUAUCUUGGUCGUCGCUCCUUGUGCUGCAACUCAGAUGGUUCAUUCCUCAAGUUCUAUGUUAAAGUUUUGGAAAAAGAGCUUGCAGCCUCUUCCAAAACUACCGCUCAUCCAUAUAAAGAGGAGCUGGAGAUGGCUUUGGAACAGUGUUUCUUCUGCCUGUACGGCUACCCGAGUAAGAAGAGCAAGUCCCGCUACCUUGAGGACCAUUCGUCUCCGCAGGUGGAGCUGCUGUGGUCAGAUGCCCACUUCAUGUUCCAGUACUUCAAACCAAAGUCGCUGCCCGAGUUUGACAGCUACAAGACGAGCACGGUGUCUGCGGAGUUGGCCAACCUGCUGAGGAGGUUUGCUGGCAUCGCCCCCACGAGUGACACCCCCAUCCUCACCAUGGAUGAAGUGGCAGCCUACAUCGAGGGCAUGACGGAAAAGGCCCCGUGUCCUCCCGAGGGCAGCGCUCCUGCUCCACCAAUCGUUGAUGAGAUCUACUACCUGCUGGCUGAUUAUCAUUUCAAGAACAAGGAGCAGUCCAAAGCCAUCAAGUUCUAUAUGCACGACAUAUGUGUUUGUCCCAACAGGUUUGACUCCUGGGCAGGUAUGGCUCUAGCUCGAGCCAGCCGUAUUCAGGAAAAGCUCAACUCCAACGAGCUGAAAAGUGACGUUCCCAUAUGGAAACACUCGCAGGCCGUGCUGAACUGCUUUAAGAGGGCCCUGGAGAUAGACAGCUCCAACCUCUCUCUGUGGAUUGAGUACGGGACCAUUUCAUACGCGCUGCAUUCGUUCGCUUCGCGGCAGCUGAAACAGUGGCGCAACGAGCUCCCCCCGGAGGUGGUGAAACAGAUGGAAGAAAGGAGAGACUCCAUGUUGGAGACAGCCUUCCAGUGUUUCCAGGGUGCUGCCCGUUGUGAGUGUGACAGUGAUGAAGAAGAGUGGCUCAUUCACUACAUGCUGGGGAAGAUCGCAGAGAAACGCAAACAGACUCCACUGGAUUAUCUGCAGCUUUACAAGAAGGCGGCGCACUAUCUGCAUGAAGAAGCUGCCAGGUACCCCCGGAAAAUCCAUUACCAUAAUCCUCCUGACCUGGCCAUGGAGGCCCUGGAGUUGCAUUUCCGUCUCAGUGCCACCAUCCUAAAGCUACUGGAAGCUAAUGAACCCGAUCUGGAACACGAGCCCUUGUUCACUUUGCUGGUUGAGGCUGCAACCGGGCCAUUUGCCAGAGGGGAAGAGAAGAGUAUGCCAAGCAUGCCUAGGUCCCAUGAAAAGGAGAAACCCCCCUCCAUGAUGGAUGAGGACUUUACUUGCUCGUCAGUUUGCGUAGGAAACACCCACAGCUCCUCCCUUCCAUCAGCUGCCACCCCAGGUCUCACAUCCCCUCCUUACGUGGCCACGCCGUUUGACCACGAUUACGCCAAACGCAAAACACUCCGACGGCAGCAGUGGCAGCAGCAGCGGCAUGAGGAGCAGCAGGCUGAUGCCUCACCAGGGUUUGACCAUGAUUACUGCCUGCCCAGGUCUUCAAUGUGGCUGGCUUCCCUGAAUGAGCGCAGUCAGGACAGCGAGGUGGUGAUGCUCUCCGACUCCAACUCCACGCAGGACGCCUUCACAGAUCCCGCCAGCUCACAGGAUAGCAACCACAAACCCGCCUCUGUGAAAGCAAGUUCAUCAUCAUCAGAAAGCACAACGCCGGUGAAGGACGGGCAGUUGGUCUCUGAGGACACAGUCUGUCAUGGAGAACAUUCUGGCAUCCAGACGGAUGAAAAAGUCAUCCAGGAAGUCAUUGAAUCUGUGGUGGUGACGCUCCCCGAGGCGUCAGCUCCUAAGGUCUCUGUGGACACUUGUCCUCAUCCGCUGCCUGUCCCAACCACCCCUCCAAAACCAGCCUCCUCUCAGCAGACCGCUCCUCAAACCCCAGCCAGUGAGGGGAAGAAGAAGCCCGAGCCGCCCGCUGAGGUGAUUGAGGUGCCCAAAGCUCUGCCUGCAGAGCGUGGCGAGCAGAGACGAAUGCUGCUGGACAUGUGCGUCCGUGCUCUCUUCCUCUGCCUCGGACGCUUCCCUCAGCACUACAAGAGUCUCUACCGCCUGGCUUUCUUCUACAGCAACAGCAAGACCCACCAGAACCUACAGUGGGCCCGAGACGUGUUGCUAGGAAGCAGUGUCCCAUGGCAACAGCUGAAGCACAUGCCAGCACAAGGACUUUUCUGUGAAAGAAACAAGACAAACCUGUUCAAUGGCAUCUGGCGUAUUCCAGUAGAUGAGAUUGACCGACCGGGAAGUUUUGCAUCUCAUAUGAACCGAUCCAUUGUCCUCUUGUUGGAGGUGCUGUCUCAGCUUAAGGAUCACGACACUCUGGUGAAAGUCUCUUUCAUGCUGCAGAGAACCCCUGACCAGGGAAAGAAGUAUUUACGGGAUGUUGAUCGCCAGGUUUUGGCCAAGAGAGCAUUUUUCCUAACUGUAAAAGUCCUGGAGGACAAUCUGAACAGUCUCACAGGGGUGUCGGAGCAGCUUCCAAAAGCGCCUGGGCCCUCCAUGGGUGAGAUGACCACAACGGACGCAUCCAACAGGCCCAGUUCAGAGGACAGUAAACAUGUGCUGCCUAAGAAGUCUGGGCUCACAGAGGGAGCCUGUGCCACGGAUGCAGGGCCCAGGGAAGCCUCACAGGCUCAACUCACCCCACCAACGCCAUCCAUAGAUAAAGGGAGUAAGGUUCAAGAGAGCUUCCCUGGGAAGGUGGAGAUACCUGGGAAUGAGGAGCACAAAGCGGGGCCAGAGGAGCCCAUGGAGCUUGAAACUGGCACCUGGAGGAGGCCUCCUACUAACACAGAAUCUCAGGUCAACCAAAAGGACGCCGAGACCUCCCUGAGUGUCGUGGAGCCACAACAGAAAGUGACUGACAGCAGCCGGACACCAGAGCUGUCUCUAGAGGAGCUGAGUAUCAGUUCCAGGCAGCAGCAGCUUCAAGCCGCGGCACCCAAGGUCACCGUGGCAGCCAGUGGGACUGAUCAGGGGUCACUACGGAGGCCAAACAGGAAGAGGAAGCUCCUCGAGGAUGUGGAGUCGGGGAAAACCUUACUGCUUGAUGCCUACAGAGUGUGGCAGCAAGGUCAGAAAGUCAUGACCUACGACCUGGGACGCAUUGAGAAGAUCAUGUCAGAGACUUACAUGCUGAUGAAACAGGUCGAUGAGGAUGUAGCUCUGGACCAAGCUGUGAAGUUCUGCCAGAUACAGUUGGCCACUUCUGCCCAAAGACAGUCUGCAGGCGAUGCCCCGACCACACCCAAGUACACCAAGGAGCACCGAGACCUCUUCUUCCCCGCCUCCCUGCCAACGCCAGUCCUGCUCAGCCACACCGCCUGCCACCCGCUGUCCACGCAGGACGGCCAAGCUAAGGUGGUGUACGAGCCCCUGAGCAAGCUGUCCAGACCUCAGACCUCCAGCUUCCACGAUCAGACGCAGCACAGGAGAGCGGCCGCCCACCCUGCAGCAGCCAUGGCCUUCUUACCACACACAGAGGAGCGGGAGGAGCCCUCAGAGGGACUUUCAUACCGACAGCAGGAGUCGCACCUCUGUCAACAGAUGAAACUCGCCACAGUUUCCCAGGGGCAGGAGUCAGCAGCAGGCUGGUUCCAGGAGGAAACUGCCACAUGUAGCACCGCACAACCAUGCCCAGACCAGCAGCAGUAUGCCAGCAACGAGCAGUCAAAGCUUCCAGACCCCAACCGGAUCCGCUCCCGUGUCCCGCCCAACAUGCCAAAGCUUUUCAUCCCGUCAACCGUCACCAAGUUCCCUCCAGAAAUCACAGUAACACCUCCGACACCCACGCUCCUCUCCCCGAAAGGCAGCAUCUCAGAGGAAACCAAACAAAGACUUAAGCGCCCCCUGCUGUCUCCUCUUGUGCAGAACGUCAUCCUGUCGUCUCAGUCUGCAGCCACGGUGAAGAAGGACACUCUGAGCCAGCCGGCGCUGGAGGUGCAGGAGACAUCGAGCCAGGAGUCGUCACUGGAGAGCGAGUCGGACGAGGAGGAGGACGAUUACAUGGACAUCUGAGACCUCGCGUGCACGCUCAGACUGAACGAGACCGGGCCUUCUGUCGCAGCAGGGCCUCACUCUGCCAAACCUGUGCACCUGUCUUAAAUAAAAUGAAUGGUACAUGUCCCUGCAGCUGUCUUUUCCCUCUCACGCACUCCCAGACUGAAAGAAAUGCAGUAUUGUCAUCGUCUGUCACGUCACUGACGGUGCUCUUGACAGGAGGCUUCAGUCUCACAGCAUGUCUGUAAAUUUUGUGCCAUUUAUGCAUAUCACACUUCAGCUUAUGGAGCUCUCCUGCAACCACCUGCACUCUGGAUCUGGCAACAAAGACUUUCAGCCUUCAACAGCCUUCCAGUCUCGUGUUUAUGCAUCUAUUUUUUUUUUUUAUUUUUAAUGUCGUGUGCUGCCUGUACCUCCGAGCUGCAGCUAAACCUGAGAACCGGUCCAUCUGAGGUUGCACCUGCUGUCCUCGAUCAUUUCUGUUUUGGCAUGAGAAGACGCAUCGCAUCAGUACACGAUAUAUUUCAAUGAACACAAAGGUGAGAUCAGGACAAUCGGCUGCAUUCAUCCGUGGAGCCACACAGCCUCACAACCCGUAGCAGAUUGGAAAUGUUUACACUGAACAUUCGGGAUGAUUUUCAGUUGGCACUCGACUGUGUGCUAUUUUUGUACUCACUGUAUUUCUUGUAAUAUUUUGUCUGAUAUAUAUAUAUAUAUAUUUUUUUUUUUUCUUCGGUGUGCAUUUGUAGCUAAGAGGAACAGUUCUAACCAGGAAGACGUCCUGUCACCAGCACUGAUCUGAAUGAGGGGUUUCAGUUGUUAUGAAUUAGCUUUUGUACAUAUCAUAAUGUCACAAUCCAAGUAUCUUUCCAAUGUGUUUGGCUUUAAUGCAUCGAGUGUGAAGGGCCGUCCUCACCUAGAACGAACACUUGAAAUACAAUGUUGUUAAAAACGCUCCACGACUGUAGAAACAGAAAAUAUAUAUUUGUAAAUUCAACUGGAUUUUAAUCAGCUGUCCUUCAUCAGAUCGCUCUGAAAGUUUCCAGAGACUUCAAUUAGCUUGAUUAUUCUGUAAAAUAAUGUGACACGAGUGCUUAUUAUCAAUAUUCACCCUGAGUGAUCCAAUCACACACGUUGUUGAUGACAUAUUUGACAUCCAGUCACUCAGAGAACAUUCAGAGUUGGUCUGAGAAGAAGAGAUUCACUGAAUGAGUAACCCAGGCGUCACCAGGCUCCCCUGCUGCAAGAAAUUCUGCAUCAUUGACACUUUUUACAAGGAGACGAACAACUUCAUGUUCUGAUUUAAU